AUGUCUCAAAGAAGGGGCAUUGCAGGUCCAGCCAUGUUCAUUGUGGUUGCACAACUUUGCCUUCUGGUUCACUUUGAGCCGGUCCAUGGGGUAACUUAUUUAGUUAAUGGCGGUGCUGGUUGGAACUCUAACCAGAAUGUGAGUAAUUGGCCUAAUGGCAAACACUUUAAGGCCGGUGACAAGCUUGUUUUCAACUAUGAUAAAUCUCUUCACGAUGUGGCUGUGGUAAACCAGGAUGGUUACAACAGUUGCAAGACUCCGGCCGGUUCAAAAGUGUUCCAUACAGGGCUGGACGCGAUAACCCUUCCAAAGGGACAAAAUUACUUCAUAUCUGAUUUUCCAGGGGACUGUGAUUCUGGGAUGAAGAUUACCGUCAAUGCUGAAUAA